AUGCCCCUUUUUGACAGUUUUUUUAACCAUUGCGCGGAUCUUCUAGAUGGAGUUUCUGUAGAUCAAAUAAAGGUUAUCUGUGUUUUGGUCGGUGCAUAUCCAGCUGCCUUAGCUUCUGGGUUAAGCGGACAAUCAAAAUUGCCAAAAUUAUCUCUUGUUCAUAUUUAUCGGCAAUUACUUGCAGUAUCUAACACUGAAUACGAUGCAACAGGUCCAGAAAUGGUCAUUGUCAUUAAAUUGACUUCACUUGCCUACAGUAUAUAUGAUGGCCAAAAUUUAAAUUUGAAAGAAGUGGAACAAGAAUCUGAUGAUCAAGUACCAGAAUCAGGACCUUCUCUUCACCCGCGUCAAAAAUCAUUCACAAACCGAAUAAUAGAUAGUUCAAUAGACAUCGCCCAAUUUACUCCCCGUCAAUUGAAAAAAGCCGUUCCUGCUAAUAAGUUUCCUUCAUUACUCGAAUAUUUCGGGUUUAUUUUUUACUUCCCAUCCAUUAUGGUUGGCCCUGCUAUUGAAUUUGAAGAUUAUCGACAAUGGGCUAACUCCUCGGGUGAAUUUGAAAAUAUGCCAGAUGAUUUAGUUGUUAAUAUUGAUGUUUUUGCUUACGAAACCUCUGAUAACCCUCGAGCUUUAAUUCAGUCUUGGAAUUGUCAGACAGACAAAUGGUUAAAAAAUUAUGUCUACCUUAGAAUAAGCCCACCAGGUCAACGUCCAACUUUCUAUACGACGUUUACCACGUUUGCCAUAUGCGCAAUAUGGCACG